AGCGCGCGGGGCGCAGAGGCGGCAGCCAAGAUGGCGGCGCGGGUGUCGCAGGGCCCGGCAGCCCGCGGGCGCUCUUAGGCCGCGGCCCCCCCGCCCCGCCGACCCCGGGCGGGCCCCCCGCCGUCCCGGCCCCUCCCGCCCUCUGGCAAGUGGCGGCCGGCAGGAUGCUGCCCUCGCAGGAAGCCUCCAAGCUGUAUCAUGACAACUACGUGCGGAACUCGCGCGCCAUCGGCGUGCUCUGGGCCAUCUUCACCAUCUGCUUCGCCAUCAUCAACGUGGUGGUCUUCAUCCAGCCCUACUGGGUGGGCGACAGCGUCAACACGCCCAAGCCCGGGUACUUCGGGCUGUUCCACUACUGCGUGGGCAGCGGGCUGGCGGGCCGGGAGCUGUCGUGCCGCGGCUCCUUCACCGACUUCAGCACCAUCCCCUCGGGCGCCUUCCAGGCGGCCGCGUUCUUCGUGCUGCUCUCCAUGGUGCUGACGCUGGGCUGCAUCACCUGCUUCGCCCUCUUCUUCUUCUGCAACACCGCCACCGUCUACAAGAUCUGCGCCUGGAUGCAGCUGCUGGCAGCGCUCUGCCUGGUGCUGGGCUGUAUGAUCUUUCCUGAUGGCUGGGAUGCAGAGACCAUACGGGACAUGUGUGGGGAGAAGACAGGGAAAUACUCCCUGGGCGACUGCUCCGUGCGCUGGGCUUACAUCCUGGCCAUCAUCGGCAUCCUCAACGCCCUCAUCCUUUCCUUCCUGGCCUUUGUCCUCGGCAACCGGCAGAACGACCUGCUGCACGAGGAGCUCAAGACAGAAAGCAAAGAUUUUGUUGGCACUGCGAGGAUAUAAGGCCGACCGUCCGCAGCAGGACCCUCUUCCCAUGGCCGGCAGCCUGGGCGCUCCCUCCCUCUCUUGCCCUUCGUCUGCUGCCAGCGGCCACACAGCGUCCCGCGCCGCCCCCCGGGCCCCGCCGCCCGCGCCAGGGAUGCGCCGCCCGCCCGCCGCAUCCACGGCCACCUCCAUGUCCACGCCGGCACCGCCAUCCCACGCACCCUGCCAGCUCCGCACCCCGCGCUGCCCGCGGGCCGCCGCCGGGGGAGGAUGCCUCAAACGCGCUUCGUUCAAGAACAGCAUCCAACUGCGGUUUUGUUUCAAGGAAAAAACAGUCUCGGAGUUUUUAACAGAUUUCUACAUCCCCAGGACUCCUGACCCGCUGCCUCCCACCCGAACGCGCACCCAGUGACGCCCCGUGCCGGCUGCUCCGGGUCCCGGACCCCUCCCCACUCCCAUUUUGUACAGCUCCGUGAUCCUGUCUCCACGGCCAGGGGACCCGGUGGCCGGGAUAGGGCCCAACCCCUACUUUUACAUGUAAAUUCAUAUUCUCUAAACAGGGUAAAGUGACUCGAGCCCCCUCGCCCCCCACCCCGGGAGCCCGGCCACAGGACGCGGUGUUUCCUAGCGUGUGGCCGGGGCCGCCGGGGCCUCGCUGCUGCCGGCUAUGGGACACCCGACACGCUCCGCCGCUGAAUGUAAGCCCUGGUAAGUGGGAGCAGCUGAACAUGCAAAUCCCCCCGGGCGGGCGCAGGAGGACCCCCCGCCUCCCGCCAGACCCCUCCCCAAGCCGGCCGCGGGCUGUUGCCAAACGCCUUCCCUCCCCAUACGGUGCUUUAUCUCCACUGGUGACGGCGUGGCCGGGGAUACCCGAGCCCUCCUGUGCCCACCCGGCCUCCUGGCUGCACCUCGCGGUCCCGCGGGGAGCCGGGGGCAGCUGCCCGGCCCCGAUGGCCCCCACACAGCACCCCAGAGCCUGCCCCGACACCCCGGCGCGGGCGGCCGCAGCCCGGCUGUGGCUCUGCUGGCCAGACCGGUGCGUGUGGGCUUCCCCUGGCCACGGGGGCUUGGGUCACCGCAGCCCUCGCAAUGCAAUAAAGUCCUCAGCACUGGCCGCGUCUCAGUGCGAGCAGCCGGGGCUCCUCGCAGGGCCUCGGGCAGGGGAGGGCCCCCAGGGGGCCCUGGCAGGGUUGGACCCAGGCACUGGGCAAGGCCGGGGAGCAGGGAGCAGAGUGGGUCCCGGGAUGGGGCCACAGAGCAUGCAGGCUGCUGAGGGUUGGCAUCAAGCACUCUGCAGGAACCAUUGCCUCACCGGGCACCAGGGGCUGGUGGGAGCAGGUAAGUGGUGCCCUGAGGCCCUGCGGGGUGGCGGUGAGGGAUGGAGCUGUGCCAAAACACCAUCUGGGAGCCAAAGUCACCCGGGACGGCGUGGGUGCCAUGAGCCUGGUGGUGCCCACAUCCCUCCGGCAGCUGCCCCCCUGGAACGAGGUCAGCAGGAACCCCCUGCCCCUGGCAGCACCCGGGCCUUGCCAGCUUGUGAGUGCUGUUGCCAGCUGAAUUGGAAAAACAAACCAAGAAAAAUCAGUGGAGAAAGGAAUACAGUAGCUGUAAUAUAUCUGUAUUUUAGUACAAAGUUUGAUACAGUGUUUCACAAAACCUUAUUGAAAAAUAUAAUUCAAACCAGA